CGCGCGGUGACGUCAUGACGCUCUCUCCCGCGCCGCGCUGACGCACAACAUGGAGACAUCGAGCAGCGCCGUGGACCCGGAGGAGCCGCGGCCCGGAGCAGCGGCCGAGGCGGAGCGGCCCGCGUCCAGGUCCGACAGUGGGAGUGGAGAUGAUUCCCUGGAUGGCGUCUCAAACCGCGUCCCCCGCUGCCCUUUGACCCCGUCGUUAUCGCCAAGAAAACGGACCACGAGCCAGUCCAAGACCGAGCCUCCCCUGCUGAGGACGGACAAACGGACCAUCUACACCGCCGGCAGGCCGCCGUGGUACAACGUCACUGGGACCACCUUCAAAGAGGCCUUCGUUAUCGGUCUGUGUGGAGGAAGUGCUUCUGGUAAAACCACAGUCGCCAAUAAGAUCAUUGAAGCGCUGGACGUUCCCUGGGUGGUUCUGCUCUCCAUGGACUCGUUCUACAAGGUGUUGAACAAAGACGAGCAGGAGCUGGCGGCUAAAAACGAGUACAACUUCGAUCACCCCGACGCCUUCGACUUUGAGCUGCUGGUCACCGUCCUCAGGAAGCUGAAGAAAGGGAAGAGCAUCAAAGUCCCGGUGUACGACUUCACGUCGCACUGCAGACGCAAAGAAUGGAAAACGGUGUACGGGGCCAAUGUUGUCAUCUUUGAGGGAAUCCUGGCUUUUGCCAACAAGGAGCUGCUGAAGCUGCUGGACAUGAAGGUGUUCGUGGACACGGACUCAGACAUCCGCCUGAUACGGAGGCUGAAGAGGGACAUUUCUCAGCGCGGACGGAACAUCAGCGGCAUCAUCAAACAGUACAACAAGUUCGUGAAGCCGGCGUUCGAGCAGUACAUCGAACCCACGGUGCAGUCCGCUGACAUUGUGGUGCCCCGAGGUGGAGAAAACUUUGUAGCGCUGGAUUUGAUUGUUCAGCACGUUCACAGUCAGCUGGAGAAGCGUGAGAUCACUGUGAGAUCGGCUCUGGCCUCGGCUCACCAGGGUCAGCCGUUACCCAAGACCCUCAGCGUGAUGGAGCGCACGCCUCAGGUCCGCGGCAUGCACACCAUCAUCAGAAACAAGGAGACGAACAGAGACGAGUUUAUCUUCUACUCCAAGAGAUUAAUGAGGCUCCUCAUAGAGCAUGCCCUCUCCUUCCUGCCUCUCAAGCCGGUAUCCGUGGAGACGCCUCAGGGUGGCGUCUAUGACGGCAAGAGGCUGAGCGGUCAAAGAAUCACAGGCGUCUCCAUCCUGAGAGCAGGGGAGACGAUGGAGCAGGCUCUGACGGCCGUCUGUAAAGACAUCCGACUGGGAAAGAUCCUGAUCCAGACCAACCACGACACCGGGGAACCAGAGCUCCACUACCUCCGUCUGCCCAAAGACAUCAGUGAGGACUACGUCAUCCUGAUGGACAGCACCGUGUCCACCGGAGCUGCUGCUCUCAUGGCUGUCAGAGUGCUGCUGGACCACGACGUAGCGGAGGACAAGAUCUUCCUGCUGUCCCUGCUGAUGGCGGAGACGGGCGUCCACUCGGUGGCCUACGCCUUCCCCAAGGUCCGCAUCAUCACCACGGCCGUGGACAAGGAGGUCAACGACCAGUUCCACAUCAUCCCGGGCAUCGGUAAUUUCGGAGAUCGUUACUUUGGCACCGACGCUCCGUCAGACUGGUGUGAGAGCGACGAAGGGAUGGACUUCUGAAAGAGCGAGGAGGGUCGUUAGAGAAACACUCGAACCGUUAAACUCUCCUCCUCCCCUCGCUGCUCCGUCGACACGUUUCAGACCGGAGAGGUGACGCUGCGAUAAACCGCUUCCUCUUCAGAUGAGCAGAGCGGAGUUCAGCGCUAGGUCAGCGAAGGAUCAUGGGAGAUCUCCUGCUGCUGGUGCCAAGUUUACAGAAAGAUUAAAGGGGGUCACGGUGUUGCCUCCUCUGCAGGAUGUUUGUCAGCUCCUCGGUAUUCAGAGAGUGUGAAGAAAGGUGCAAGAUUAAACUGACGACAAUGCUUGAUUAUGAUGUAGAUAUUGUUGCCAGUUCUGUGUUUAUGUCGCUGAAGCUGCAGGCUUUUGCUUGUAUAGUUUUACUGGAAGAAGUGAAGAGUGUCUUUGUUGUAAAUAAAUGGUUGUUUGAACAUUAGCUGGGGAGUUUGGUUCGAGCCUCGCUCAGUUUCAAUCCCAGCAGAGAUGAAAAGAUGAACUUCAGUGUUCGGUCGAUACCCUGCUUCACAUUCCAAUCGGGCAUAAUCUCAUCAUUUGUUUUGCAUAAAGACAAAACAUUAGUUUCCACCACGAGUGUUGUGUGUUUACGGGAGGACAUUUCCAGAGUACUGUGAUUUUAGCUUGAAGCGUUUUUGUAACAAUGAUUAGUGCGUUACAGCUUUGCUCUGGGAUGUAAAAUAGUUUCUCAGGCAACUUUCACUGAAGGGAACAACAGCAAUUUAUACUUGAACAAUAAGACUGACUGAUGGUUUAGGAGGAAACGUUAAAAUAUUGUUGGUUAUAUUUGUUUUAUCUAUUUUAUCACCAGAAAAAACAACCUUUUUUUUGUCCAUUAUUUCAGAAAAAGGUUCAUUCUUUUAGUUAAAAACCAUCAAAUAUCGUCUUUAUUUAACAAAACAAUAUUUCACUUUGCUUUAGCUGCUAAUGAAGCUUGUAGCCAGCGACGCUUUCAAAGACCAAAUGUUUUUAUUUAUUUGUAUUGAUUGUAGGGAUCAGAUAUUUGUUUUGCAUUACGUUGCCGCCAUUCAUCCGAGUUACAUAAGCAAUAUAUUUUGUUUUAAUGUUUAUUACACUGAAGUUCUGCAGGCCCAUAACAGCAGGUUUAUGUAGACCAGUGGCCAUAUACAGACAAAUCUAAUAUUUCAAAACAUAAACCUUAAGAAAGAAGAGUUUCUAAGUUUUCUAGUUUCUAAGAUAACUACACAACACUAGUAAACAGUUAAGAUAAUAAAGUAAAUUAUUGGUGUACAAACAUCUCUAACAGCUGCUUUUAAAUUAUAUUUAAACAUAAUUCAAUACUUUUGAACUCGUAUACAGUGAGAGCCAACUUAAAAUGUUAUGUGUAAAUACGUAAAAAUGCAAUUAUUGGCAAUAUUUAAAAUUGCCAAAUAUUUUGUGUUCAUGGCCUGAGUGACAUGUUUAAAGAUUACGAUUAAGAUAAAAAAUCUGUAAUUUUAAUAUUAAAAUGUUACAAACAGAACAACCGAAAUGGUAAAAUAUUGGUUUAUGUGCUGAAAUAGUCGAUACAACUUCAGAAUGAAAACGAAUUCAAAACAGUUACAGGAAUCAUACAAAAAACAUUAAAUAAUAAAGCUUUUAAAUCUCCAUGGUAAUACCAGACUAUUUAAAGUUGCAUCGUAACUAAAACCAUCUCUGCUGCUCUUAAAUGAACAGAUUUAAAUGAGAAUAAAUAACAGCAAUACUUUAUUAAUGUUAAUAUUAAUAUAUUAAUGUGUUCAUUACUUUACCUCUGCUGUUAAAUGUGGGGCCAAUUUAAAUCAUUUUUUACAAUGCAAGGUAGUUUAACCCAUAAUAAUUUAAUAUUAAUAUGAAUCUGUAGAAUAACUAAUGUUAUUAAAAAUAUAGGAGUAAAAAGUAUAAUAUUGGGUUAAAGUUACAAAAAAAUGGAAAGUACCUCAAAAUUGUACUUCUAUAUUAUCAGUGUUUUUAAUUAUUCCUGUGCUUUCGUCAAAAAAACAAACACCCACCAAGUCGUUUACGUCCAGCUGUAAUUGACGGCACAUUACAACUAAUAUACAUUUAAAAAAGGAUGUCUGUCGAUUUUUACUGUACGACUCAACAAUAUACGUUCUAUGUGGAAGCUUUGUUACCUCACAUUAAGGGAAACGCACAGAUGAAACUAAUAACAGUAAUUGUGGCUCGGUUGUAUUUUGGUGCUCAA